AUGAUUCCGCUCGCGAAAUCUUCUGUCGGCGUUGUAGUUCGGAAGUGCGUGUCCGCGUCGCUCCAGGAGGCAAUUAAGGUGGUGCCCUCCAAUGUUGUCGCGGACAUCGUCGGUGGUGGAGAGGCCGCGCACGUGGCGUUUGACCGUUUGGACAUUUCUUCCUGGAAGGCCCCUUGCGGUCCGCUCGCAUGUGGGUUCGCGUUCGACAGAGUUCUCAACGAGCUUGACGCGGUGGUUGGACACGACCCUGCUCCUCGCAUCGCCAAGCCAAUAGCCAGGACGCUGACCACAUUGCGGCAGGAUGCGAAACGCGCCGCAGAGGAGCUCGCGUUUAGGUCCAGGUGCGGGAUCGCGGACGGCCAUGGGGGGGAUGCUCACGGCAAUGAACGUUUGAGGUCGCACGAACAGCCGGCGGGAUCACAUAUUUCGGGCAGCGAUGCACAUGCUCUCAAUACAGCUCUUGCGCUCGCGAACACAGGCGAGGGGGAACAGGAGAAGCCGGACAACAAGGAAGAGGGCUCGAGCUCUGACCGCGACAAGGAGGAGGCCCCUGUUAACGCGCCCCAGGGUGGAGGCGACAGGAAUGCACAGGAGGAGGCGGACGAGGGGGAGGGACAGGGUCGCGGUCAAGACGAAGAGGAUGCCGCGGAGGAUCACCAGCGCCGUGAUUUGGAGCCGGUGGGUUCGAAAGAAAUGGAGGAGGAAGAGGACGACGAAGAGGAUGAGGAAGAGGAGGAGGAGGUGGAGGAAAUCGCGGCCAACAAUGCCGGGCGGUCGGCGGUCGCGGUAGCGGGUGCAGGGAAGUGUAUUCACGGUCUGCAGGCUGUGCUGUCCACCCGCCCUGGCAGCGCGACCCCAUCGGACGAGUAUGCGGGCAAGAGUCCGGUCUUGGGCAAGCGGAAACACUCGGAGCUGGUGAAGAUGGCUCCUGAGAAGCUGGCCGCGGAGAUCCUCCAUUUGAACGAGCAGCUGAAAAAUCAGAAGCGCAAGCUGAACGAGGUCGCGUCCGCGGUGCCCGUUGCUGAAUUCGCGGUGGUGAUCACGCAGAAGUACGAAGAACUCGAGGCCACAGUGGAGAAGGUGCUAACCCACGUGCAGAACACGGACCGGGUGAUACGCAGGGAAGCCAAGCUUGCUGCGAAGGACAUGGCGGAGAAUCGCGACAUGCGGGAGGUGCUGAAACGAGCUGCGGUCCGAUUGGAAGAUUGCGCGGGGAGCAUGAAGGGGGUGGUUGUGGACUCGAUGGAGAACGCCCAGAAGAAGCUCACGGAUGAGGUCGCACGGAAGAUCGACGGCGCGUCAUCCAACAUCGCGAGUACCGCCGAGAAAGCGAUCACAACUAGUGGCGUCACGAACUCCCUCAACAUCAUCAUCGCGAUGCUUUCCGGGCGUGCAGCACCGCAACAAGUCCCCGAUGUACCGCGUGGGAAGGAGGUCGCGGAGAAAGAGGCAGGGAAGAUGGCCGCGGAGAAGGAGGUUGGGAAGAUGGCCGCGGACAAGGAGACAGGGAAGAAGGCCGCGGACAAGGAGACAGGGAAGAGGGUCGCGGACAAGGAGACAGGUAAGUGUGAGAGCAGUAGGGGUGGGAAGCGGCAGAAAGGGGUCGCGAUCCCUAGCGUCACCGACCUUCUUAAGACCAAGGGUGGCACGGUCGUCGAGCGUGCUGCGAUGACCACCAGGGGGGCUGCUGCUGCUGCUGGGCCACCGCCUGCGACAUCGGGGGUGGAAGCUGGUAAAGGCAAGGCCAAGGUCGAGGACGCCCCGCCAAACACCACCUCCACCACCACCGCCAUCACCACCGCGAUUGUGCCCUCGUCAGGCAACUCCGCCGCGGUCGCGACAGGACAGCCUGGACCCAGCUCUAUCGCCCCUGCCAUCCCCCCCUCUGCAGAUGUGAAGGCGAAGAAUCAAGGCCGCUGUGGUUGUAAGCCUCCUGCAGUCGCGUUGAAGACUGAACGCGACGACGACAACGACUCUGACGCGGACGAUGAGGUUGAGCUUGUGCUGCAGAGGUUCUUGGGGCCAAGCGACACCAGCGGCACAAGCGGCAAGCGCAAGGGCUGUGGUAUCCGCUUUCCGCCCAGGGGUGGGGAGGGGAUGGUGGGCGAACCGUGGCUGGGGGAGAGACGUCGCUGGCUCGGACAUCACUCUCUCCAAGAGGUGCAGUACCUGACCGCGAUCGCGGUGAUGUGUUACGACAAGAAGAUAGACCCCAGGCUCAAGCUGACUGCGCAGCAAAAGAGUGAGUGGGCCGAGGACAUCUCCGCGGCCGGGACGAUGUGCACCGGGCUAUUUGCCACCAUGCACCUCCGCAACCUUUUCGGCAAUGUUGACAGGUACGGUCAUCUGAUCACUCAUUGGUUUCCCCAGGAUGACAUGAACGCGGCCUACCGCGACCUCACCCGCCGCGGGUCCCCGAUCGGCAACGCGAUAGCUUGGGCAGCCGCGGUGGGGAAGGAGGCUGCAGAUGAGGAGCCCGAUGUCACCGGCACCCAAGAGGGCCUGUUCGUUGGUGCGGUUGCGUGCGCCAUCGCGAUGGUGUGGGAGACCUGCAACGGUCUCGAUCUCGAGUCUGUCGCGGAUGCUGGAUACUCCGCGGCGCAGCUUGCUGGCACGCCAGAAGAAAAGGCCCGCGGUCACGCCACGAUCGUGACCGCGGUUUUCAAGUGGGCCAGGAAGGAGAAUGCUCGCAAGCAAGCCCCUAAGGUCACACCGAAGCAGAUCGCGGAGAAGAUAGAGACCGCGGUCGUGAACCGUCUUGGUGCGCGACUUGGCGACCCCACUAUGGUCGCGCACGAGGCAGUAGACGUGCUGAUGACCUGGUGCGACUGCAAGAUCGCGGCCAAGGCGAUGGAGGCCAACGGGCUCUAUCUCACUUUGCCGGAGAAGCGUUUGUCCGCGAAGAAGAGGUCUGCGCGAAGGUGGUAG